AUGGUUAACAAAACUGUCCGUGACGCCCUUGCCGCAUUCGUGGCUGAACGUGACUGGGCGCAGUUCCACACGCCCGAAAACCUCGCCAAAAGCAUCUCGAUCGAGGCUGGCGAACUGCUCGAGUGCUUCCAAUGGAGCUCUGACGCUGAUUUGGCUCGUGUGCGCGAAGAGCUUGCCGACGUGCUAACUUACUGUCUGCUUCUCGCUGAGCGCAUCGGGGCAGAUCCCGAGCAGAUCAUUCUGGCAAAGCUCGAAAUCACACGCAACAAGUAUCCGGUGGACAAGGCUCGAGGACGCAGCACAAACAACUGGCCGGUUGUAUAUGUCUUGGAUGAAGGGCAUGGUGCUGCACAAGGACGGCCGAACGGACUGCGCGACAUCUACGUUGGCGAAUCGCUCAAUGCCGUGGCCCGGAUGGGGCAGCAUCUCAAAUCGCCCCAGAAGCAGCAUCUUUCGACCAUACGCGUAAUCAUCGACCUGACAUUCAACAAGUCAGUUUGCCUUGACUUGGAGUCUUACCUCAUCCAAAUGUUGGCCGGCGACGGUGCUUACCGGGUACUUAACCGCAAUAACGGCAUUAUCGGGUCCAACUACUACCAACGCGAUCAAUACCGCGAAGGAUUUCGCAACGUUUUUGUCAAACUCGCACAAGAUGGCAUCUUCACGCGAAGUAUCCCCGCAAUCGAGAACAGUGACCUCUUCAGGCUUUCGCCGUUCAAGGCCCUCACGGAGGAUCAAGCAAACUCCGUCGAACAGAUUGUCAAGGGAUUCCUCGCCGACCUGGUAAGGGGUGUCCGAAGCACAAUCGUGAUCCAAGGUGACCCGGGCACUGGCAAGACGGUCGUAGCGAUAUUUCUGAUGAAAUUGCUACUUGACAUCAAGACGUUCACGUCCCUGGAAGAUCUUGAUAGCGACUCGUGA